AGUUUGUGGAGAAAAGGCUAAAAUAUACCAAUUUCUUCAACACAAUUCGUUUCUUAUGUUUUCCUGUGCAAAAAGUGCAACUAUAUUUGCCUUGUCAUUGCAAACCUUCUGACAGCUCUUUGCGGGUUUUCACAGAAGUGUGAGCCAACUCCGAAAACUUCUAGAGAAACUGUAGACUAGAGAAAUGACAAGGUGCUCACCGUUUUGGUAACUAUCACACCAAAGCGAGAAACGGCCAUGGCUUUGCAUGCCUGUUUUUUGUUUUGGCGUGACAGCUAUUAUAACAGUGAGUUCUUUGUCAGGUCUCUACUGAAUAGGCUCUUUAAAAACUACUACCGUACUAUCUGUCACUCCACAGCAGGAUUUUCGUAAUUGUGAAUUUUAUUCGUGGAAAGGAUAGAAAGGCAUUUGCCAGUAAAACAUUCGAUAGUGAUGCUGUAAAGAGCCUAAUGUGUUAAGCUAAAAAACUUGUUAACGUUUAUUUGCGUUCGAAACGCUAUUGAAACUCUACAACUAUCUAUUGGAAUGUAACCUGUGUCAAACUUUUGCCUCUUUGUUUAUACUAUAGUGCAGCGCAAACACAUACGCCUUUUCACACAAAUUAUUAUGCGUAAUAAAACUGUACAAACAUGAGCAGAGAGAAAGGAGAUUCGAUGGUAAGAGAAUCCUGAAUUGAGACAAUUGGCCCUAUGACAAAUGACGGCCAAGGCAGAGUCUGCAACUGUUUGUUCAUACCAGCGAUGGAUAUGUGAGUGAAGUCAUAGAGCGAUUGAGUUUUACCUUCAGUAAAUACCACUUUGAAAGGUAACAGAAAACUGUCGGAAGCUAUUCAGCUCUGAUACGAAAUAAACUGUGAAUAAUUUUAAUACGCAAACAGUGAAAGGCAUGAAUUUGGGAAGUACAACUGGAACAAGUACUUCCGGUCAUACCAGCUAUACGGGCACCAGCAGCAGCGGUUCAGUAGCAGGCAGUUCUAGCAACAGUAGCGAGAUGCCUGUGGAAAUUCGUCCAAAAGUAGUCACGGUGAAGCAUCCGGAAUCAAACAAACCUAAGCCUACCACAAAGAAAGGAAAAGCCAUCCAGGCAGAUGUAGAUGUGAUCAAAGAAUUCCAACGCUGUAAGGAAGAAGGUAUCCAACGGCUUGAUUUAAGCAAAUCAUCCAUCACCGUUAUUCCAACGUCGGUCAAAGACUGCACUAGUCUAGUUGAAUUUUAUUUGUAUGGCAAUAAGAUAAGUUGCCUGCCGGUCGAAAUCGGAUGUCUGUCCAAUCUGAAGACACUGGCAUUGAAUGAGAAUUCGUUAACUUCUCUGCCCGACACCCUGCAAAACCUGAAACAGUUGAAGGUCCUUGAUUUGCGGCACAAUAAGCUCUCCGACAUACCGGAUGUGAUCUAUAAACUUCACACGCUCACAACUCUCUACUUGAGAUUCAACCGCAUCAAAGUGGUCGGAGACAACCUUAAAAACCUUAGCAAUCUGACGAUGCUCAGCUUGCGGGAGAACAAAAUACACGAGCUUCCAGCAGCGAUCGGUCAUCUGGUGAACCUAACAACGCUGGACCUAUCACACAACCAUCUGAAACAUCUACCGGAAGCGAUUGGUAAUUGCGUUAACUUGACCGCUUUGGAUUUGCAGCAUAAUGAUCUGCUGGACAUUCCUGAGACGAUAGGGAACCUGGCCAAUCUGAUGCGAUUGGGCUUACGAUACAAUCAACUAACAUCGAUUCCCGCCUCAUUGAAAAAUUGCAUUCAUAUGGACGAAUUCAAUGUCGAGGGCAACGGAAUCAGUGCUCUUCCGGAUGGUUUGCUGGCUAGCUUGAGUAAUCUAACUACCAUAACACUGUCCCGGAACGCUUUCCACAGUUAUCCUUCCGGGGGACCUGCUCAAUUCACCAACGUAAUCAGUAUUAACAUGGAGCACAAUCAGAUCGACAAAAUUCAGUACGGAAUCUUUUCACGAGCCAGAGGACUUACCAAGUUGAACAUGAAGGAGAAUGCUCUUACGUCGCUGCCGCUGGAUAUCGGCACCUGGACGCAAAUGGUUGAGCUAAAUUUUGGUACCAACUCGCUUACCAAACUACCAGACGAUAUACACUGCCUGCAAAACCUAGAAAUUUUGAUCUUAUCCAACAACCUAUUGAAACGUAUUCCAAACACGAUUGGUAAUUUGAAAAAACUUCGAGUGUUAGAUCUAGAAGAGAACAGGCUCGAGUCUCUGCCCUCGGAAAUCGGCCUGCUGCACGACUUGCAAAAACUCAUUCUUCAAUCGAAUCAGCUGACUUCCCUUCCCCGCACGAUUGGACAUUUAACCAAUCUAAGCUAUCUCUCCGUAGGGGAAAACAACCUCCAAUUUCUGCCGGAGGAAAUUGGCACUCUCGAAAACCUUGAAUCCCUUUACAUCAACGACAAUGCCUCCCUGGUAAAGCUUCCGUAUGAACUGGCCCUAUGUCAGAAUUUGGCAAUCAUGAGCAUCGAAAAUUGUCCCCUGUCUGCGCUACCACCCGAAGUGGUCAUUGGAGGCCCGAGUCUAGUGAUACAAUAUUUAAAACUGCACUCGCCCUAUCGACAAAUGUGAUUUGUUACAGUGGCAACUGUACGGUCAUUGUCGGCGUAAGGAAUUGAUUUUGAACAGCCUGCCAACGCGCGCGGCUCUCAAAGCAUCUUAUACGAAAUGUCUAUCCAUAAACGUAUGUGUAAAAGCGACAGUAAAAAAAGAGCGAUUCAGUUGUUUUAUUCUUGGACGAAAACGAUAGUAAAACAUCAAUGUGAUUUAAAUAAAGCUUUAAUAAUAUUGCUAUUAGACAGAAGCAAAUAGAGACGGAGAAACAAAAAUUUAAAGUGCAAGUUGCGCGUAGAAUACUGUUAAGAAAUGUUUGUAGAGACAUCAAAGUGUUUUAAAAACGCAAACGUGGAUCCUUAAUUUGAGCGAAAUUAUAUAGUAGAUGAAUAUAACGCCGUUGGAAAUUUGAUAUACUGCAUGGAUUGAUUGUUUGAACACACAGAAAAAAAACAAACGCAAUCGGCGAGGAGAUAAACCUAGUUAACUCGACUAGUUUUUUUAACCAAAAGAAUAUAAAACUUACAAACUAGUGAGACAUUCUUACGCGCAAUGAUUGUGAGUUAUACAUUCGCUUCGUAAUUGUUCUUCGUCUCAGCACAUCCAGAUUCUUCUAUGCCAAGGAAAGGAGAAGGAAAAAUUGAAGAAUUCAGACCACCCAGCAGCAAGCAGCAUCGAAACGAUGUAGCAGCAGAUAAAGUAUUAAUUUUCGAGCCAGCACGUUCUGCAUGUAACGUGGCGUCACACAACAAGGCAGUCAAUGUAGUGAAGCAUGGGGGGCAUGAAUGUGUUUUAACCUGCCGUAACGUAAGUGUGGUUCAAACUUUACCCCGAUUAGAAACGCAAAGGAAGCUUUUUUUAUUAGUUCUACUCUCGGUAAUUUUUCGUACACGCGAUCCGUCUGAAAUCGAAGGUUAGUAGUGGAGAAUUUUGUUUCACAGUACCAAUAUAUUCACACAAUUGGUUUGGAUAUUGUCAAACAGUUAUAAUUCUGUUUACCGAUCUUUUCUCUUAACUGUAAUUAUAAAUCAAUAGAAAAUCGAUUUUAAAGGCAAUCAGUUUUGAAUUUUAUCACACCUACGACGACAACAUUUACUAUGCUAUUACUGUUAUUGUGAUUAGUGUUGAGCAGCAUUAUAGAAUGACUGGAUUGAACAUAAAAAAUACGUAUAAAUAGUAAUAAGAAUACUAGUUUUGAGACGGUGCUCAAUCUUGUGCUAUGUUUUCCAGGAAAUUAAGAAUUCACUACUGAGGGUACUGCAUUUAUUUCAUUUUUGAUCGUUCUUAUUGUGAAGUCGAAAUGGUUGACGUAAAAAACAGGCAAACGAACUGCAACGAAUUUAUAGAUGUUACUUAGGGCAUUACAGUUAAGUUCUUGCAAAUGCAGAAAUUACCAUUAAUGACUAUACUGUUAAGUUUGUAAUUUUAAAGUGGCUUUGUUUGAAUUCAUCGAUUAGAAUUUUACCGUAAUUAUUAGACAUUUUUUUACAUAUUUGCACUCUCUUGAACAAUAGUAUUGUUUCAACAUAUGCAUGACAUCGUAUGAACAUAUGUACAAACAAAAUUGUAUUUUUCAACUUUCUAGUCAGAGACAAAUAGAAAAUGUGCUUAAAAAUGCGCAAGAGUCAUUUUCAGGAAAACAUAUUUUUGGGACGCAGAACGUUGUAACUCUUUUGACAAAACAAGCAAAAUGGCCUAAUAACAUUAUAGUAGUGAAAAAGGUAAUGUACGAGUUAAAUAUAUUAAACAAUAAACGACAAAAGACCUUGCAUGAAAAAAAAAACUACCGAACAUUAUUGUAAACCAAUUUAGCGUGAAAAAUUCAAAUAUAAGUAAUACAAGAAAUCAGCAUUUCAAAGAGAUACAUUAAGCAACAGCAAAUAUGAAAUAUGUGUUUAAAACAACAUCUCAGUAAAUUCACCCAUAACAAAACCUAUAAGGAUAGGAUACACGCGUUGUAGUAUUUACAAGAAAAGGAUCCCAAAACUACAUAGCCUAUAUAAGCCAACAAAAUGAUGCAGUAAAAUGAAAAAUCACUUUUAGUUCCUCGACGCCUAGUGAACGGAGAGCAAAGCAGUGGUAGCGCACAUCACGAGGGAUAAACCUGCAGCGGUAUAGCAGAGAUAGAGAGUGCCAUGUUUCGAUUAUUAUUUACAGAUACGCUAGACUAGAGAAUGCAUCGAAGGAUACCUAAGAAUUGAUUUCACGCGUGUUCUUUGGAAGAAAAAAAAAACACAUUACUCAUCACAAAUAGCAAUGCUCCAGAUCAAAAAUACCUAUUGUUGAAAUUAUUUUAUCAGCAAAUUAGCAUGAACCAAUAACCAGACAGUCUUUUAAAAAGAGAUAAACCAAGAGAAAUAAAAACACAUAAUGCGCACACGAAUAAAGUAUUCAGAUGAAAGAUGUUGAAAGUAAUGUUUAUUAAUCUAUUGCUAUUCAACGAGCGAAACAAACUAUAAAAAAAAAGAAAAUAAACUGUGUCUGUAUUGUAUAGUCUAAUAACAUAUUAACUGUGAGGAGAAA